GGUUUUUCGGAUGAAAUUUCAAGCCCUCUUAGUGCUCGAAUUUUCGAGCUUUGUAACCCUGAAUUUUUCCCAGAGGCUUUGCAGAAUUCUGAGGUUACUUCAAGCUCAAAUUGUUGCUAUGAAGAGAACUCCUCAUAUGCCACAAAUAUGCCAUUAGCUUUAGAUGUAGAAAACAAGCAGUCUAAUAGCAAUACAGUCACCACUCCAAGUAGCACCACCACCACCAACAACAACACAACCAACAGUAGUAAUCUGUCUAUUAUCUUUGACUCCCCAGAUGAAAUUGACAAUGACAUCUCUGCCUCUAUAGACUUCUCACUAUCACCGGCUUUCAAUGUUCCACCAUUUCUCCCAGUCACAAACCAGCAAGAACAGUUUGAUUUCUCUUCAAUGCAACCUCAGGUAGCAGCAUGUUCAGUUGUGGAGGGCUUCUCUCAGUAUCCCAUUGACUCUGUAGCACCUCUUAUGGGAGCUCCAUUACCAUCUGUUUUUGAAGAGGAUUGCAUAUCUUCUGUUCCUUCUUAUAUGCCUCUGAACCCUUCAUCUCCCUCUUGCACUUACCUCAAUCCUGGCAUGGCAGCAUACAUGCCUCCUGGGCCCCUUACUACUGCCUUAUCAGCUGAUAGUUCUAGUUUAUUUGGAGGGAGCAUUCUUCUUGGUUCUGAACUUCAGACACAAGAACUGGAAUACCAGGGAGAAAAUAGUAGAUUAUAUUGUACAGAUUCAAUUCAGCGGGUGUUUAACCCUCCAGACCUUCAGGCACUUAGUACUGAGAGUCAGCAACUAGUAGCUGGGGCUGGAAGUUCUGCAUCCUUGACACCAGAAAUCUCAAACUUGGAGGACUCCACCUUCAAGGUUGGAAAACUUUCUGUUGAGCAAAGGAAAGAAAAGAUUCACAGAUACAUGAAGAAAAGAAAUGAAAGAAACUUCAGCAAGAAAAUUAAGUAUGCAUGCCGCAAAACUCUGGCAGAUAGCCGACCUCGGGUUAGAGGAAGGUUUGCAAAGAAUGAUGACUUUGGAGAUACCCAUAGACCUGCUGGUAGCAAUCAUGAAGAAGAAGAUGAUGAAGUAGUUGUGAAAGAUGAAGAUGACAUGGUUGAUUCCUCAGAUAUAUUUGCUCAUAUCAGUGGGGUGAACUCCUUCAAAUGCAACUAUUCCAUCCAGUCAUGGAUUUGA